AUGCAGCUGGGCCGCGGGCGCGUGCACGCGCUAAAGCCGCCUCCUGGGUCUCCAAGUUCGUGGCAGCGCGCUCUCCGGGUGGCCGAGGGCCAGGCCAGCUCCCUCUUGCGUCCACGGCUUGUCCCGCACGCCCUUCGCGGGCGUCCAGCCUCCGGCGCCCUGGCUGCCUGGGCCGUGGCCUGGCUGCCGGUCGCGGCGGCUUGGCUCGGAGGCGCGCUCACCACGGGUUUCAGCGACGCCCCCGCCGGCUCCGGCGUGAGAGCCACUUGUCCUGAAAUUAUUUUGAGGCAAGAAGUUUUGAAAGAUGGUUUCCACAGAGACCUUUUAAUAAAAGUGAAGUUUGGCGAAAGCAUUGAGGACUUACAGACCUGCCGACUGUUAAUUAAGCAGUCCAUCCCUGCAGGCCUUUUUGUGGAUCCAUAUGAGUUGGCUUCAAUGCAAGAGAAAAACAUAACAGAGGCAGAGAUGGUUUCAGAAAAUUUUAAUAUAGAAGCCCCCAGCUAUUUGUCCACGGAAUCUGAAGUUCUCAUUUACGCCCGACAAGAUGCACAGUGCGCUGCCUGUUUCCACGCCUUCUUGCCUGUGCACUGUCGCUACCACCGGCCGCACAGUGAGGGUGCAGAAACCUUGGUAGUGCUUGGUAACCCAGACCUGUUGGUGUUCUGUGACCAAGAGUUCCAGGUGUUGAAAUGCUGGGCCCAGGCAGAGGCGGCAGCUCCUUGUGCUCUGAAGAGUCAGGACAUCUGCCAGUGGAGCAGCCUGAAGUACAGACAAAUACAUAAAAAUGUGACCCUAGGAGUUCCAGUGGGAUUGACUGUACAUACCUCUUUAGUAUGUUCAGUGACUCUGCUUGUUACAAUCCUGUGUUCUACUUUGAUUCUUGUAGCUCUUUUCAAAUAUGGGAAUGUUUCUCUGUAAUUUUUAUGCUGCAAACUUUUUAAUAAAACUAAGACCUAUUCCUUUGUAAAUAGAAGUGUUCUUCCAGAAUUAA